AUGUUAUCUGUUUUAGAUAACGAAUUUAAUCGUUCAAGCGUUCAACUUAAAUUGAUCAUUUGAUCGUCGUUGAGUGUUUCUAUUGGAGUAUUGGACGUAAAACAUUUCAAUAAUUUAUUAGUUUGUAAUUUAUUAUAAUAAAAUACUCUUUAAACUUUAUUCUUUGGAGUAUUUCAAUUUAUAGAAGUUUUGUUCUUUUGGUGAAGUAAUAGUCAAAAAAUGGGUGAUUCUAGUAUUUUAAAACCUGGAACCAUUGUUGGAUUCUGUAACCCAUUAUUGGACAUGACUGUUGUUGGCGAUCAAAAUUUAUUGGAUAAAUAUGAUUUAAAAAAUAAUAAUGCUAUCUUGGCCGAGGAAAAACAUAUGCCUCUUUAUGAAGAAUUAAUACAAAAUAAAAGUGUAGAAUACACUGCUGGAGGCUCAGCUCAAAAUUCUUUAAGAGUGGCACAGUGGAUUUUAGAAAAACCUAAUGUGGCUGUGUUUUUUGGUGCUGUUGGUCAAGAUAAAUACAGUGAGAUUUUGAAACUCAAAGCUAACAAUGAAGGAGUUGAUGUUAAAUACCAAUACUCUUCAAAAAAGCCUACUGGCACCUGUGCAGUUAUUGUCACCAAUAAUGGCAAAGAUAGAUCUUUAUGUGCUAAUUUAUCAGCUGCAGAGACUUUUACUGAAGACCAUUUAGAUGUUCCUGAAAAUAAGGCUAUAAUUGAAAAUGCAAAAUUUUACUUAGUUACAGGUUUUUUCUUACAAGUAAAUGUAAAAGCUGUUCAAAAACUUGCUAAGAUUGCUUUUGAAAAAAAGCGUCCAUUUUUAUUUAAUAUGAGUGCACCGUUUAUUUAUCAAUUUUAUAUGGAUUCAGUUAUGUCUAUUUUUCGUUAUGUUAGCAUUGUAGUUGGAAAUGAUGAAGAGGCCAAAGCCUUUUCUGAGGGACAAAAAUGGAAUUUAGAUAAUAUUGAAGAAAUUGCACGUAAAUUAAGUACUUUUGAUAUUGAGAAUGAUAGACAUCGCCUAGUUAUUAUAACUCAGGGCGAAAAACCAGUUCUUGUUGCUAACGAUGGGAUCAUCACACAUUAUCCAGUGCCUAAAAUUCCAACAAGUGAUAUUAUUGAUUCUAAUGGUGCUGGUGAUGCAUUUAUUGGUGGUUUUAUCAGCAAAUAUAUUUUGGAAUGUCCAAUUAAAACCUGUAUAGAAGCUGGAAUUAAUGCAGGAUCAUAUAUCAUACAACAACCAGGAAUGUCAAAAGGAGAUUCAUUUAAAAUAUAAAAACUGUAUAAUAAGACUACUUGCUACAAUAAAAUCAGUUGUCAUGCGAGAUUAUUUUUUAUUGAUGUUGACCUCUUAUUAUAACUGUUUUUAUUCAACAAUUAUUUUAUUAUGAUUAUAAUAAAUGAUUCACAAUAAAUGCA